AUGGGUAUACUUGAAAAAAUUGCUCAAAUUCAAGAAGAGUUAUCUAGAACUCAGAAAAACAAGGCCACAGAAUAUCAUAUUGGUCUUUUAAAGGGGAAACUUGCUCGUUAUCGUCGAGAAUUAUUGGAACCACAACCGGGUCAAGGAUCUUCAGGUGGUGGUCAAGGAUUUGAAGUGGCAAAGGCAGGAGACGCUAGAGUUUCUUUAAUUGGGUUCCCAUCUGUUGGGAAAUCCUCAUUUUUAUCCAAAGUAACAAACACAAAAUCAGAAGCAGCCAACUAUGAAUUCACAACUUUAACUUCAGUUGGUGGUAUUUUGGAAUAUAAUGGUGCCGAAGUGCAAAUUGUUGAUUUACCCGGGAUCAUUAAGGCUGCCUCUCAAGGUAAAGGUAGAGGUAGACAAGUUAUUGCUGUAUCGAGAACUUCAGAUUUAAUUUUAAUGGUUUUGGAUGCUACAAAAGGUGGUGAUCAACGUGAAAUAUUAGAAAAUGAAUUAGAAUCAAUGGGUAUUAGAUUAAAUAAAGAAAGACCAAAUAUUUCCAUCAAAGUGAAGAAAACAGGAGGGGUUAAAAUGAAUUCAAUUACACCACCAAAAUAUUUGGAUGAGAAAAUUGUCACUGCAUUAUUAAAAGAUUAUAAAAUACACAAUGCUGAUGUAUUAAUAAGAGAUGAAAAUGUCACCAUUGAUGACUUUAUUGAUGUUAUUAAUGAUCAACAUAUAUCAUACAUCAAAUGUUUGUAUGUUUAUAACAAAAUAGAUGCUGUUUCAUUGGAAGAAUGUGAUAGACUUGCCAGAGAGCCAAAUACAGUGGUGAUGUCGUGUGAGUUGGAUUUGGGUAUUGAAGAUUUGAAAGAAGAAAUAUGGCGUCAAUUAGACUUGUUGAGAUUGUAUACUAAAAGAAGAGGGGUCCAGCCAAAAUUUGAUGAUCCAAUGGUGGUACGAAACAAUAGUACUAUAUUAGAAGUAUGUGAUUCCAUCCAUAGAGAUAUGAAAAAUCAAUUCAAGUACGCAUUGGUAUGGGGUUCAAGUGCUAAGCAUUCUCCACAGAAAUGUGGGUUGACACAUCCAGUUCAUGAUGAAGAUGUUGUCCAAAUUGUCACCAAGUGA